UCUGAAAAAAGAGGUCUCUAAGUACUAUAUUCAUUGCAACUGUAUAAGCUCAAAAAUGGCAAAACCUUUUCUUCUUGCUCUAAAGUUUUUCAUGGUCUUACCAGCCGUUGUUUGGGUAUUCAUUUGGGUUAUGAAACCAACGCAAAUAUGGACAGCAAAAUGGAAAGAAGCCGAAGAUGCUGCAAAAACUAGUAUUUUUGGUUCGAAUGGUCUUGAUUUUGCUGUUUUAACAUUCCCUAUUAUCGUUUCCAUUAUGAUUGGAUAUGUCUACUUGCAUUUUAAACCAAAGGAACCCAGGAGAAGACGAAGGAGGAGUUUGAUCACAGCUCUAUCCAACCCAAUCAUCGCUAAUAGUUUCGUGGGUGUUUUGUCUGCCAUGGAAGUCAUUGUCAUCUCCAUCUUCAUAAUCUUUCUAGCAUGGACGUUCUACAUACGAAUCUCUAAUGAUUUUGAGAAGAUGAUGCCUGACAAAUCACUGAAAUUAAACAUAUGGCAAUUUAAGAUGUUUAGGGUAGCAACACGGUGUGGAUUGCUUGCCGAAGCCUGCUUAGCUCUGCUUCUAUUCCCAAUCAUGAGAGGAAUGACUGUUUUUCAAUUCUUUGGUAUCCAAUUUGAAGCAUCUGUCCGAUACCAUAUCUGGCUUGGGACUAUGAUGCUAUCGUUCGCCACUUUACAUGGGGCUGGCACUCUAUUCAUAUGGGGUAUCAAAAACCAGAUUCAAGAUGAGAUAUGGAAAUGGCAGAAAACCGGAAGAAUAUACCUGGCCGGGGAAAUAUCACUUGUUGCGGGAUUAGUCAUCUGGAUCACAUCACUUCCACAAGUGAGAAGAAAAAGAUUUGAAAUCUUCUACUACACACACCACUUGUAUAUCAUCUUCAUCGUUUUUUUCUUGUUUCACACUGGAGACCGUCAUUUCUACAUGGUAUUCCCUGCCAUUUUUCUUUAUGUCAUCGAGAGGUUACUCAGAAUUAUACAAUCAAGGCCAGAAACGUGCAUUAUUUCUGCUCGAAUUUUCCCUUUCAGAGCUAUUGAACUUAUACUGCCAAAAGAACCAGGACUCAAAUAUACCCCAACAAGUAUAAUCUUCUUAAAGAUACCGUGCAUUUCCAAGUUUCAAUGGCAUUCUUUUAGUAUAGCUUCCAGCUCCAUUGUUGAUGAUGAUACACUGUCUGUGAUCAUAAAAUGUGAUGGAUCAUGGACAAAUUCUCUUUAUGAUAUAGUCCAGGGAAUGUCGAAUGAUGGUCAUCAGAGAGUGCAUAGGUGCAUUCCGGUUUCCGUUGAGGGACCAUACGGACCAGCAUCAACCGACUUCCUAAGCAAAUAUGAUAGUUUGCUUCUUGUGGCUGGAGGAAUUGGGGUAACUCCAUUUUUGAGUAUAUUGCAAGAAACUUUUUCUGUUCACAGAAAGAAUUUCCCGACAAAAGUACAGCUUGUUCAUAUAAUGAAGAAACGCACUAGUGUUGGACUACUAUAUUCACUUCUACCACUUCUCACAAACAAAAGCACCAACGAAUUUGAACUAAAGGUCAAGGCAUAUGUCACCCAAGAAACUCAAUCUGGUGCAACGAUUAGUGAACUGAUAUAUGAGUUUUCUCAAGUUGAAACAGUCAGCUUUGACAUAGGGAAUAUAAGUUAUUCUCCAAAUGGCCAUGGGAGCUCACUUUCAAUGGCUGCUAUUGUCGGGUUCUCUUCCAUUUUGUUAUUUGUUUUGAUAGUCACUUUCAGUAACGUCUUUUUGCCUCGUCCUAAAAAAGCUUCUUCCAAAGAAAAAAAUAUUUCUUCAGUAGUUGAUCUUAUACUUAUAUUCUCGUUCGUUCUAUCCAUUAUCAUCAGUGUAAUUGUGUUCUUAGUUUUGAGACUGAAACAUUUGAAAAAACAGCAUCCAUCAAUGGCAUUUAAGCAUAAAGAAGAAGAACUGCAAGCAAGUUCCAUCCAAUCAAGAAAUUUUGAUGGACAUGAACUUCAUUUUGGAUCAAGGCCCGACUUCUACGAUAUAUUCACAAAAUUUGCAAAUGAAACGGGGGGGUCCAACAUAGGGGUCUUGGUAUGUGGACCAGAAGAAAUGAAGGAAUCAGUGGCUUCACUUUGCCAGUUAAGUUCUCAAGGUUCAAUCAAUGAUGCUCAAAGAAAGAAACCUUACUUCAAUUUCCACUCCCUGAACUUCACUCUUUAGGAAUGUAUCUAUAAGUUGUAACGAUACAAGUAAAAACUUUGUUUGAUUCCAUAGAUAAAACUUGAUCAUAGAUUAUCAGCAUAGGUGUUUGGUAAUCCAUCUGUGCAAGUAUGGUAGUCAUAGUCAUUUUAGUCUUUUAGAGAGAUGAUCUGUAACAAUCUUGACCUACAAGAUUAGCUAUUUAUAGCUGAAUGACGUGUAUAUGUAAAGUUAUAUGGUCAGUGCAUCACUAAGUCGUAUGUCUUUGCAUUCAA